AUGGCCGCCAGUAUACGAAACAUCUUGGAAGACAUGGGAGAAGACCCCAAUCGGGAGGGCCUCCUCAAAACCCCUGAACGAUAUGCCAAGGCCAUGCUCUUCUUCACCAAAGGGUAUGAGGAAUAUGCAUACGAUAUCGGAAAAGAUGCCAUCUUCAAUGCUCGCGAUAUUGAAGUGUUCAGUAUGUGUGAGCAUCAUCUAAUUCCAUUUGUAGGCAAGGUUCAUAUUGCAUAUAUCCCCAAUGGUCGAGUAUUGGGGCUGUCUAAGUUAGCUCGAAUUGCAGAUAUCUAUGCGCGCAGGCUACAAGUUCAAGAGCGUCUCACAAAGCAGAUCGCUCAGGCCAUCGAAGAUCUUCUACAGCCCCAAGGGGUCGCUGUCGUGAUGGAGUCAGCCCAUAUGUGCAUGAUUAUGAGAGGUAUCUAG